UCUCACAAACUCAAACUAAAAAAAAAGUACUUUUCUCUUUUAUUAUCAAUAAGCAACAGAAAAAGAACCAGUGAAACAAUUUCAAUAUUCUUGAAAGUAAUGGACCAAGAACAAACACAACAUAGCCCAACCGGCCAUAGUCACUCACCUUCUUCCCCAGCUUCGGGUUCCACCUCGACCGAAACGGUUCGGUCACGAUGGUCACCUAAACCGGAACAAAUACUCAUACUUGAGUCGAUCUUCAACAGUGGUAUGGUUAACCCUCCCAAAGAAGAGACGGUAAGGAUACGAAAGAUGCUCGAGAAGUUUGGGGCGGUGGGAGAUGCAAAUGUCUUCUAUUGGUUUCAAAACCGGCGGUCAAGAUCUCGAAGGAGGCAGCGGCAGCUCCAGGCCGCAGCUGCGGCCGUAACCACCAAUACUUGUGACCAGACCAUGAUGGUAAACACCAGCUUACCACAAUAUAGUGGGGCUGAUUUGGGGUUUGGAGGUUGUAGCACUUCCUCUAAUUACUUAUAUGGUGGGUCAUCAUCUCAAACUCCUUCAUUUUUUCUUGGUCUUUCUUCUUCUCCUCCUUGCUCAAGCUCCUCUUCAACUUCUUCUUCAGCUAGCUCUUCAACUUCUUCUUAUGGUGGUGGAUAUGAUAAUCAUAGCAAUAAUGGCAUGGAAAAUCUCUUAGCAAUGUCUGGUCAAUUGGGUUACCAUGAAGCUAGUCAGCAUCAUUAUCAACAUCAUAGCUCAAAUCUCUCACCAAUGAUGUGCCCAUCUGAUCAAAGCUCCAGUUAUGAUCACUACCAACAAGGGUUAACGGUCUUUAUAAACGGAGUUCCGACAGAAGUGACGAGUGGAGGUAUAGACAUGAAAGCAAUGUUUGGAGAAGAUUUGGUUUUGGUGCAUUCCUCAGGUGUUCCUCUUCCUACUGAUGAGUUUGGUUUUUUGAUGCAUAGCUUACAACAUGGUGAAGCUUAUUUCCUGGUUCCAAGACAGACAUGAACUGGCUUUACUAUGGGC